GAACGGGGCGGAGCGCGGCCGCGCCGGCGCGUCGAGGGAGAAGCAGCCGCCGCGAUGGACGUGUUCCUCAUGAUCCGGCGCCACAAGACCACCAUCUUCACGGACGCCAAGGAGUCGAGCACCGUGCUGGAGCUGAAGCGCAUCGUCGAGGGCAUCCUCAAGCGGCCGCCCGACGAGCAGCGGCUGUACAAGGACGACCAGCUCCUGGACGACAGCAAGACCCUGGGCGAGUGUGGCUUCACUAGUCAAACUGCGCGGCCACAGGCCCCGGCCACGGUGGGGCUGGCCUUCCGGGCAGACGAGGCGUUCGAGGCCCUGCGCAUCGAGCCCUUCUCCAGCCCGCCCGAGCUGCCCGAUGUGAUGAAGCCACAAGACUCAGGAAGCAGCGCCAAUGAGCAGGCUGUCCAGUGAGAGGGUCCCGGGCCCGCCCCUGGUGCCCCGUCCCCCCAAUAAAUAAGAUUUGGGUGUCUGCCUGGCUGCUGCCUUUUUCUCUCCCCCCUCUCCUGACUCCAGGCCAUCUCACUAGAUGAGCCUGUUCCCCGGUGAGACCCCACUUGGCCUCUCGCUCACCAGGCUGGCCUGCUGGACCCCUCCCUGCCCACCCUGUCCCCCCUUCUCAAGGCCGUGGGGAGGGGGGGCGGCUUUUUCAACCUGCUCCUGCCUGGGCCACUGCUUCGUCCCUCCAGAGCAGCCCCUCCCAGCAUGCUGAGCGGGAGCCCGCGCUGGAGCCAGAGUGAGAGUUGGAGACCACGUGCCGUGGGAGACCCAGGGCCUGGACCCACCCCCGCAGGGGCCACAGUGGCCUGCAGGGCGGUCAGAAGAGCGGCUCCCCCGCCGCCCCCACCCCGAAUAAACAGUCUACAGACUCGGCGCCUGCAGUUCUC